CGUCCUGACCGGGCAAAGAUGAGAGCAAAGGCAUUGGAGGAGACAUGGUCGAGGGAAGCGGCAACAAGAAGCACAUAAUUCUCGUCCAUGGCGCUUGCCAUGGAGCAUGGUCUUGGCACAAGGUGACGACGCUGUUGAGGUCCGCGGGGUACCAGGUCACGGCGCUGGACCUCGCGGCCUCCGGCGUCGACGAGCGGCGGUUCCAAGACCUGAGCACGUUCACCGACUACACGCAACCACUGUUGGACGUAGUGGCUUCCCUUCCACCUGGUGAGAGGGUCGUCCUCGUAGGCCACAGCCUCGGAGGCAUGAAUAUUGCUCUGGCCAUGGACAGGUUCCCCGAGAAGAUCGCUGCCGCGGUGUUUGUCGCCGCCUUCAUGCCCGAUUCCGUCAACCCGCCUUCCUACCUCCUCGACAAGCUUAAACAGGAGAAUACCAUGUCAUAUUGGCUUGACACUCAAUUUGGGUUAGCCGUCGGGGAAAGAGAGAGAGGCCCGACUUCCAUGCUGUUUGGUCCCCAGUUUUUGUCCAAGCUUUACAAGCUCAGCCCACCCGAGGAUCUCACGCUGGCGAUGACCCUCGCGAGGCCUUCUUCCUUUUUCCUCGAAGACCUGGUGUCGAUGCCGCCCUUCUCCGAGUCAGGAUACGGGUCGGUCGAGAAGGUCUACGUGGUGUGCGCUCAUGAUGAAGGCAUCAGCGAAGAGUUUCAGCGCUGGAUGAUCAAAAAUAACCCAGUGAAAGUGGUGAAGGAGAUCGAGGAUGCUGACCAUAUGGCCAUGUUCUCAACACCGAAGCAGCUCUUCCAAUGCCUCUCUGAUGUUGUCGAUGCCAGUGCUUGAUCACGUGUUACCUACCUCUUACUUUUCUGUCUCUCCAUCACUUAACAUCUACUGUCAUCGAGACCUCCUUUUUCUUCUCCUUUACCUUUCGCAGACCAAUUGAUGGGAAUGGUCGGCCAGGAAUAAAGUUCGUUUACGUCUGCCCAUUAGUAAUGCCGCAGAUGUGUUUCAUGCGUAAUGUCGUUAUCUUAAUCUGGUCAAAUGAGGUCAAGCUACUCUAUUUAUGA